GUGAUAACAAAUUGAUAACAAAAAUGGAUGAAAAAUUCAAAAUUAAUUUUCAAAAUUAAAUCGUAAUGUAACUUUAGUAAUCAAAUCAACAUUCUUCUCUCUGCAUUCAGAGUAAUUGUGCUGUGUAUACUCUUCGUUCAUUCCACACUCUCUCAUCUCUCACAUUUUGUGUAUUGAAUUACAUUGAUCGCUCGGAGCUUGAAUAAUAUCAACAUACACGCCUAUUUUUCAUCUUCUCUUACAUGACUCUAGAAAAUUACACUUGUAAUAUCUUUGAAAUUGUCGCAUUUUACUAGUUUGAACCGUCACGUAUUUUAUGUCUUCGUUCUUGGAUAACACCAGUAAUCAGAAUCCUUGGUUAAGUUCUGAAGAUAACGGUACAGCAUCCGAUAAGAAAUUCGAUGACGACUUUGUGAAAGCUUCUUACCAGCCAUUGGCUGACUCCAAUCAAUACUUAGCGACGUUGGAAAAAAAGUUAUCCAAGUUGAAAAACGUUAACAAACCAAAACAAAAAAAUGAUUUGGUAAAAGCUGUCGAAAGUACGUGGGAUUCGUAUAUGUUUCGUGUGAUCGAAAGUGACUCGAGAGAACAACUCAACUUGAAUCAAGAUUCCGAAUUGGAAGCCAGUCUUACUCCGAAUUCAAUAAUUUCGAGAAUAAAUCCGGAGCAAGCUUUGACCAUCGGCGAACUCGCAGAAUUAGUGAAGAACGAUACGUUAUCCAUUGCUUUCGAGAAACCAGAUUCAGAUCAAAGUUGAACAACAUGGCCGAAACAAAGGCUCAAUUCUGGAAUCGAACUACAUUCAUGGUCAUAACCGGAGCUAGUCAAGGCUUAGGAAAACAAUUAGCCAUCGAAUUCAGCCGGUCAGUGGCUCCAGAUUCGACCAUUUUAUUACUAGCAAGAACGUUACCGAAAUUGGAAACCACUAAGAAGGAAAUACUCGAGAUAAAUCCUACGUUGAAUGUGAAAGUACUCUCUGUUGAUUUGAGUAAACCAGACCUCGAACAAUUCGAAGAGAUUUUGGCGCCGUUUGCCUCAGAUAGAAAAUACGAAUUGUAUUUCUUGGUCCAUAAUGCAGCUUCUGUAUCAUGUCAAACGCCAGCUACCGAAAUGAAAGACAUAAACACCUGGAAUGAGUACAUGACGUUAAAUUUGUACUCAGUAGCUUUACUAACCUCUGCAUUCCUCAAGUAUUUCAAAGAUGGUGAACGGUGUUUGCUCAACAUUUCAUCUCUAGCGGCUUUGGUAGCUUUCAAGGGUAUGGCUUUCUAUUGUGUGGGCAAAGCGAGUCGAGAAAUGUAUUUCAAGACUUUGGCUGAAGAAGACCCUUCGCUGAAUAUUCUAAACUAUUCGCCUGGUCCACUAAAAACCGAUAUGUUGGAUGAAAUUGCGAACAGCUGUUGCAAUUCGGAUACAAAAAGUACUUUUACCGAUAUGAUUAACAAAGAUAAUUACGUCAAGAUUGAAGACACUGUUAAAAAAGUAAUCGAUGUAUUGGGGCGAAGAUGUUAUACAAGUCCCGGUCGUAUUGACUUCUAUGACCGAUAAUAUUCUAAAUAAAUUGCGUUUAAAUUCGAAUUUUUAAAUAUAUACAUGUAUCAAC